AUGGCGGCGGCUCCGGGGCCGGGGCCGGGGGAGCUGGGGGAGGAGGGCGCGGCGCAGCGGGACCCGCGGGUGCGCUGCUACUCGCGGCGCCGGCUGUGCGCGGUGCUGGAGCUGUGCGCGCCCUUCGUGCGGACCCUGGAGCAGGGACAGCCCGGCGGGGCCGCCGCCGAGAACUUCGAGAAAAAGGUGCAGGAGAAUGUCACCAUUAACGGGCAGCCGUGGGAGGAGGCCUCGGAUGACUCCCGGUUGCAGAACGAUUCCAGUAUUAAAAUUCUGGAGGAUCAAUUUGAUGAAUUAAUAGUAGAGACAGCAACUAGGCGUAAACAGUGGCCUAAAAAGAUCCUGGUACAUGCUAUCCAAACCAUGAAAGCAGAGCAAGAGAUGUUGAAGCUCUACCAGCCUGUGGUAAAACCUGCAGAGAUAAGACCUCAGCCUUCUCAAGAUGCUUACAUCGCAGAUCUGAAGCAGGCGACAGAAGUGGCAUCCAGACAGAUCAGCGAAGCAAUGCAGUCUAUUCCAGCACUCAUAGAAAAAGCAGAAGGUUUUUCCCAAGCAUUAACUUUGCAACCAACUUUGGAACUCUGCAAGCUGCGGCAGGAAGUCUUUUCUGGUGGCAGGGUGAAGGAGGAAAACAAUGUCCAAAAUUCAGUACCACCAGGAGAAGUCACACCAACAGGAACUGUUUCCAGUAAAAAUCCUUAUAUUUUGCUAAAAAGAAGAAAAGUUGCAGAUGCCCCCAGGAGAAGGCGUUACCCACUGCGGCCGAGGAAGAUCACUCUCAGUGCAUGAAUUUCUUUUGUGUUUUCACAUUGGAAUCUGAGUUGUACUUUUUUUCCAUGUGUUCCAUCUGUUUUUUUAGAACUCAUCUCCCCUCAGUGAUAAACACGGGAGCUUCUUUAAUUAUUAGUGUUUGACCUUUUAAAUAUUUCUACUUUUGCUGACAUGAUGAUGGUAUAUGAAAGCCUACACGUACCAGUAGCAUCCAAUAUCCAGCAAAUGCAUUUGCCAUUUAACUCAGUUUAUGCUUAGUUUUCAGCUUGAGUCUUUGUGCUACUCAGAGUUCGUGUGCCUGCUUUAUGUAUGUAGGCAGUCUUUUAGGGAACCAUUGACUGCCCACUUACAUUCAACAUGUCUCUAAAGAGGUUGGAGAAUGUCUAGUUCUCCUAAUUCACCUUCAUUAAUUACUGAGACAGGUGGCUUUUAUUUUAAUGAAUUGACACUGCAGCAUAUUGAAAUCACCAGAUUUGAUGCAAUGUUGGAGUUUUAAGGAAGUCCAUGAACACAUGUGACAAUAGUCCCUGCUAUUCUACCUUUUCUGAAUGUAGGUCAUCUAGGCUUACUUACAGUCAUGUUUGUUGAAACUUGGAUUUUUAAUGAUUGUAUGUAUUUACUUGCAGUCUGCUCUUCUGAAUAGGAAUUCAAACAUCAGCAUCUUAGGGUCCGAUAUUUCAUUUUAUGUAAUCCAAUUAUGCAGCCUGGGGUUUUCUUAGACAAUAUUUCUACCCAUGAGAGGAUCUUGACUUGGGUUGUGUUUGUAUUUGUGUUGUUUGACUAAACUGUAAAGAUCAGUACAGGCUACCAGUAAAUGGUAUUCACUGGAGCUAACUUACUUUUGUUUUCUUUACUCAUUAGUACCUAGAAGAUUCCAAAUUAGUACUAAAUUGAGCAUUUUGCCUUAAGUAUUUAUAACUUUUUCUACUAAAUUGAGAAUUUUGCCUUAAGUAUUUAUAACUUUUUCUAGUUUAUGGUUGCAUGUGCCUGCAGUAAAUAUUUCUGUCUAUUAUGUAACAUAUUUCUUACACAGUAAAUGGAGGGUGGUUUUAGAAGCUUUAUUAAUGACAUGUGUGCUGCUAAGAAGACAGGUCCAACCUGAUGUCUAAGAGACUGAGAAUUCUCAAGAAAUCAGAUUUUGGCAUCAUUUAUUUUGCAAAAGUGAGCAUCUGUACUGAGACUUUGUAUAUGUCAUCAUAUGUAAAUAUUUUUCCUGUCCUUGUAUAUACAAAUGUGUGUUUUUAUAUGAAGUAAAUUAAAUCAAUUAA